AUGGAGUCUAAGAAUGGUCCAGCCCGUAACGUGGUGAUAGCCGUGGACGGAAGCAGCCAUUCCGAUAUUGCAUUUCAGUGGUAUCUGGAACAGUUCAGACGGACUGGUGAUAAUGUCGUACUGGUUCACUGCUUAGAGAGGCACCAGGCUUUCCACGGGGCGAUGGGCACAGCAGACAUAGAGUCGGUCUGUAACAUCAUGUCACAGGAGGAAGAAUCACAGAAGAAGUUACGGAUAGAAUUGGAAAAGAAAUUAAAGUCAAACGGG